GGGAGGGCAGAUUGAGUGAGCUGAAGAAGCAGGGUCAGGACCAGGACCGCAAGGGUUCUGAAGCCUGGCAAGCGGCUGACCACAAGCACGGCGCGCGGAGGGGCUCUGCAAGGGUAGCCUGGAGGCUGCAGUGGGGGCUGGCGGCUUGUACUGGAGCGACCCCCCCCUUUUAGUGGACUCUGCGGCAGGCCGGCGGAUCCCGCCAAACCACACUUCCCCAACUCCCCUCCCAGCCUUUGUCACCCGAGUUGUGAUCUCCGGCCUGGAAGAGGAGAUCCAGGGCACUGGCUAUUGCCAGAUCGGAUCUCAGAACGCAUUCAGGAACCAGACAGCGCCGGGCAGAGAUCCUGCCCUUCGCCAACUCUGCUACUCCGGACUCGGGAUCACGCUCCUUGGGCCCUGGGCCCAUGGCCGAUAAGAAACUGGUGGUGGUUUUUGGAGCCACAGGGGCCCAAGGUGGCUCAGUGGCACGCACACUGCUGGAAGAUGGGACAUUCAGGGUUCGAGUGGUAACAAGGAAUCCUGAGCAGGGAGCAGCCAAAGAGCUGAAGCUGCGGGGCGCUGAAGUCGUGCGAGGAGAUCAGGACGACGAGGCUAGCAUGGAGCUGGCACUGACGGGAGCUCAUGCCGCCUUCAUUGUGACCAACUACUGGGAAAAGUGCAGCCGGGACCGAGAGGUCAGGCAGGGCAAGCUUCUAGCAGAUCUAGCCAAACGCCUGGGCCUCCAUUAUGUCGUCUACAGUGGCCUGGAGAACAUCAGCAAGCUGACGGCGGGAAGGUUGGCAGCAGGCCACUUUGAUGGCAAAGGGGAGGUGGAGGAGUAUUUCCGAGACAUUGGUGUUCCCAUGACCAGUGUGCGGCUGCCUUGCUAUUUUGAGAACCUUCUUUCCUAUUUCCUGCCCCAGAAAGCUGCAGAUGGAGAGAGUUACUUGCUGGAGUUGCCCAUGGGUGAUGUCCCCAUGGAUGGAAUGGCGGUGAGUGACCUGGGCCCCGUGGUGCUCAGCUUGCUGAAGAAGCCAGAGGAGUAUGUAGGGCAGAACAUUGGACUCAGCACCUGCAGGCACACUGCAGAGGAGUAUGCUGCCCUGCUGACCAGACACACUGGCAAGACUGUACAUCAUGCAAAGACAACUCCUGAGGAAUAUGAGAAGCUUGGCUUCCCAGGGGCCCGAGACUUGGCCAACAUGUUCCGUUUCUAUGCCCUGAAACCUGACCGCAACAUUGAUCUAACCCUGCAACUCAACCCCAGGGCCCAAACGCUGGACCAGUGGUUAGCACAGCACAGAGGGGACUUUGCACAGCUGUGAUCCUGAAGCCCUCAGCUGGGGACGAAGAGGCACAUUCACCUGUACCUGUGUGACAUGUACACAAGCAUACAACACAUCCAUACAGAAAGAACAAAUGAAACGUGGCAGAGCUGUGGACCACUGGAGAUGAGGUGAUGUUGCCUGUGUCUAAGACCAACAUUAUGGGUCAGCUUACCUCUAAGCCCUUCACAGGGAGCAACAAAGGCCCAGAAAGCCCAAACACCAGCUGAGAUUUCAUGGCAAGUCUGUGACUUUCCACCAUUGUAUGGGUUUGUCUAACCACUGGCACACUGUCUUUUUACUGUCCUUCGCUGACAUCAGACUCCGAGCAGGAAAAGGAGCAGCAAUCCCACCAUGCAUUCUACCAGAGACUCUUGACUGAGGCAUGUCCCUGACAACUAACUGUGCCACACCUUAAAAUACGGGGUAAACAGACAAGUUAUACUGUCUGCCUUGAGGCAACUUUUUGAGACAGUUUCUCUGUGUAGCCCUGGCUAUCCUGGAACUUGCUCUGUAGCCCAGGCUGGCCUUAAGCUGAGAGAUUCACCUGCCUCUGCCUCCCAGUGCUGGGACUAAAGGUGUGAGCCACCACCACCCUGAUGAAGAACUUACUUAGUGGGAAGGCCACACACACACACACACACACACACACAGAGAGAGAGAGAGAGAGAGAGAGAGAGAGAGAGAGAGAGAGAGAGAGAGAGAAGCAAAACUGUUACAGACCUCAAGCUGCAAAGAACAGAUGGAAAUAAGCAGCAGGUGGCUGGGGAGUCUGAGGUUAGGGUUCUGAGUGAAAUUAAGAGGUAGGGCACGAGUGCCAAAGGCCCUGGGCUUCAUCCCCAGCACCAAAAGGAUGAAAAGUUUAAGGAGAAGACCAAUCAGUCAGGACAAAGCUGGCCUCAGGAGGAAAUACCUAUGCUGAGUUCUGUGGGGAAGGGCAGGGGCCUUCCCAGCAGAGUAGACAGUAACAAGAGUGGACUUCUGAGCCCACGGAGUCAGGAGACCCACAGGUUGUCUCUACGUGCUGCUCUAUGAUGCUCCACCUAAGCCUGGGAAAGCCUGCCAGAAUCAAUGUCCAGAGUGGACACCGAGUACCAGCCAGCUCCUCACUAGAGAGUGGCAGGAUCAGGGCCAUACGCUGCCCACCCCAGGUGUUUACUUAUCUGGUUCCACCUCCUGGGCUGUUGUGAAGACACGGCCAACCCACUUGUACAAAAUAGUGCCUAGCACUUCAAGUGCCCUGUGUUUCGUCUGCCACACCAAGGCAGAGCCCUGCUAACCUCCACAUGCCCUUCAGCUUGGUUUGUGUUCCUCUGAAUGGUAGCCUCCACUGCAGAGCACAGUGGGAGCAUCCCAAGUUCCCAAUGAAGCUGAGUGGAGAGCCACACACAGUGCUCUUUAGGUUGUUUGUUCUAUGUGUCACAAAUUAUCUGCACUGCACACAAAACACCUUGUAUUACAAACCAUUUUACCAAAAUGAGACAGUCAUGUCCACCUCUUCAUUUUCCCAUCUCCUGCUAUAGCUAAAUGUCUCGAGGCACAGGCUCUUCCUCUACAUACAACUGCAGACCUUGGACUGUAUUCUGUUUGGCCACAAACAGCACAGGAAACCUCCUGUAAUCCCAGGAGGCGAGGUGCUGAGGACCCAAACAGAGGGGACAACCAGUCCUCCAGGUCUCACGUAGCCUGUGGCGUUAAAUUCACUAUGUUGCUAAGACUGGCCUUGAAUUUCUGCCUCCAUCUCCCAUAUGAUGCUCCAGCAUUUUCAAGUAGACUAUCUUAUACCCUAGUUCCAGCUCAGAGGCUACAAAGUCUAAAAACAAAUGCCUCAGGAGCUAUGUGUAGAAAUAAGCCCACCUAGGCCUGGAGAUGAGACUUCAUUCUAUAGAUGCUGCCCAGCCACCUUUUAUCCACCUAAGAGUCCUCAACAAGUCAAUAAUGAUGCCCUAGCCAAAAGACCCACCUACCUCUUCCAAGUCUCUUCCUAGCCUCUGAGACCUGGCUGACUUCUUCAGAAAGAAACCUUCCUGAGAACAUUGUCUAGCCCCACUACUGUUGUGUCCCAGUGUUUAGUGUGGUACCUGGCCCACACUGCAUACUCACAGCAGGUAUAUCACAAAAUAAACAUUUUACUGCAAAAAAUAUUGGCAGGUAUUCAAGUUAACAGAACGUUACUCUUGAAUCUUUUUUACCCAUCAGCUUUCACCCCCAUCUCUUCCCUACCAUCUCUUUCCUGCCCAGCCCAGCCCAGUGAAUCCUUCCAUACCUCUCUCUGCUUAUCUCAAAAGCCAUUAAGGCUCUGCUGGAAGCCCGGACUAGUGAAAGUACACUAAGCAAAACUAUAUAUAUAUAUGCUUUGUUGUUUUUUUUUAAAGACAGAGUUUUGGUGUGUAACCCUAGCUGGUCUGGAAUUUGUUAAGUAGACCUGGCUAGCCUCAAAUUCACAGAUCUGCUUGCCUCUGCCUCUAAGUUCUGGGAUUAAAGGCAUGUGCCCCCAUACUCAGACAGCAAUAAGCAAAAACCAACCUUCAGGAAUUGGGUCUCUCCUUCCACAUGGGUCCCAGGGAUUGAAUUCAGUUCAUCAGGCUUGUUGGCAAGCACUUUUACCCAGUCAUCCUGCCAGGUUCAGAAAGUUUAAUAUGGGGGAUUGGUGAGAUGGCUCAUCAGUUAGGAGCAUUUGCUGCUCUUGUAGAGGACCUGAGUUUGGUUCCUAGUGCCCACAUAGUAGCUAACAACUAAUUCCUUGUUAUUUCAGUUCCCAGAAGACACAACACCCUCUUCUGGUCUCUGGGCACUGUACACAAGUGGUACAUAGAUGUGUGUGGACAAAACUCCCAUAUGCAGGUUUUUUGGUUUUUGUUUUUAAAUGUAAUAUAGGAAAAUGCAGCUAAGGGAAUAGCUCAGUAGAGCACUUGCCUAGCAUGCCUGAGGUCCUGGGUUCAACACCAGGUACCACCUUUAAAAAAAAGGAGUUCCAGCUUGGACUACAUAGCAAAACAAAGACUGAAAAAUAGAAAAACCAUCGAAGGACACAGUGAGCACAUGCAUAUUUCUCAGCUGGGCUCUCUAAUCUACUAGGUUCAAGAGUUUGCACACAGAGGAACAUUGUCUCCUGGCAAGGGCCUGUUCUGGAAAUGGGGGUAGGGGAUCUACCGUCAGGGCACUAGAUCCACCUUGCUGGCAUCAAGAGGAAUCUGAACUAGCAGACACUGCUAGCUGACUUCUGCUGCUGCUGGCUCUGCUGGGCCACCUGUAGAAGCUAGUUUGAACUCUCAAAGAAGAAAUGACCACAGUUUUGGUUUUAAAUAUCUUUUGUAGUAGAUCAUCUUAUUUACAUUGAUACAGAAUCACUUUACAUUCUUAAAUCAGACACUAAGAAAUGCUUUACUUUUGUAAAUUAUAAAGGAAAAGAAAGAAACUACAGAGAAAGUGUUCUUUAUUAGCCUGUCUUACACUAGCUCCAAGACCUUGGAACACACAGAAACUGCAACAUGCUACCAGCAGAGGCUGGAAAUGAGGCUGCUCUGCACAGUGUGCUUCCCCUCAACAUCUACACAGGAAAAGACAAUGAUUCUUACCAUUGAGUAAUUUAAAUACACCGUGGAAAUCAAAUGUCAGCAGUGGAAGAGGGGAGAACCAAGCCCCGGCUGGCAAAGGUCGGGGUCUCCAGAGGCUCAAGGCUGUCCCACAUGACCAUGGUAACUUUGGUCCAACAGGGCAGGAAACACACCCCCCCCCCCCCCCCC